AUGUCUUUUGUGCAUCUCAUCCGCCGUACCGCUUUCCGCGCUGCUUCCUCGCCAUCCACCUCCUGGAUCGCUCAAUCGCGAUCCAUCAACACAUGCUCUCCCUUCCUCCUCAGAUCAAAAGUACAAGCUACCGGUAUCUCCCCAUCGGUAUUCAGACGCUUUGCAAGCGAUGAUGCUAGCUCUCCUUCAUCCGCCGAUGGCGAAUCCUCUUCCGUCAGCUCAGCCGUAGGCUCUGCUACUGAGACUGCUACUACGUAUGCGAGUGAGGCUGCCGAAAGCGUGAAGGAGGGUGUCCAAGAGGCUAAGGACACCUUUGCCGAUACUGCAGCUGGCACUGCCGCCGCUGCAGGCCUCGCCUACCAACCAAGAGAAGACAGGAGAGAAUCGAGACCGCGUGAUGGUGGCUCUCGUGGUGGCUAUGGUGGCGACCGCAAUGGAGGUGGUCGAUCAUUUGACAGAGGAGACAGAGGAAGUGGAAGAUCCUUCGACAGAGGAUCUGAUCGUCGCGGACCUCCUCGUGAGGCAAUGGAAUUGACUCCUACAACCACCGUCUACAUUGGAAACCUGCUUUUCGAUAUUACCGCCAAUGACCUGGAGCGAGAAUUCGGUCAAUUUGGAGAGAUCAAGUCUUCAAUCAUUGCAACUGAUCCCAGAGGCAUGAGCAAAGGAUUCGGAUAUGUCGAAUUCGAAUCCCUUGAGGAGUCCGCCGCUGCCAUUGCAGGCAAGCACCAAGAAGUUUUCGAAGGCCGCCGUCUUGUCGUCAACUACCAGAACAAGACCCGUCGUGAGCACAUUGCAAACCCACCAUCCAAGACUCUCUUCAUCGGCAACCUUGCCUUUGAGAUGUCGGAUGCUGAUCUCAACAAGCUCUUCCGUGAUAUCAAAAACGUCAUUGAUGUCCGCGUUGCCAUUGACAGACGCACUGGUCAGCCAAGAGGAUUCGCCCACGCCGACUUUGUUGAUAUUGAGAGCGCCUCCAAGGGAUUGGAGGCUCUCAAGGAUCAAGAGAUCUACGGCCGCAAAUUGAGAGUUGACUUCAGCCUGGGCAACAGAGAGAGAGCUACCGAUGGUGGCCGCGCCCAGUCGAGCUUCUAA